GCUUGGAGUUGCUGGUUGGGUUGACUCUCGCCCUUCAUACAUGACCAGUUUUACAGGUUUAUUAAACAGGUUUACUGUGACCUGAUUACGUUGCAAACUCGGGUGUGGCUUUUAGAUUUGAUCAGUAAAAAAGGUGUACACAGACCCAGACGUUAUCUGGACGCUCGACCGCUUCUAUCUGAACUGUCUUUUCUGUUUGUCGAAUAUGUUUCGCUGUGGAAUUGCGUAUCCAAGAUGCAGGUGGAUCGUACCACUUCUUUUGCUUUUUGCGAUUAUAUUUGAUAUUAUUGCCAUUGCUGCUACCUCGGGAUGGGUUGAGGACAAGGACGCAAAAUCCCACUACGCAAGUAUGUGGAGCCAAUGUCGAGGGCGGAAUGACAACUGGGACUGCAAAUCUCUCAUGGAAUUGUGUAAGUAUCAUAUUGUGGGGGGAUUCACUCAACAGCCCUAAUCAUCGUGACAAGGGAAAUACAUGUAUAGCCUACUGUACAAUGGUGUACAUGUAUUCAGACAUGGAUUUAGAGACUAUUGUGCUGACAGUUACAGGGCUGAAUAUCAUAACUAAAAGCCUACCUAUACAGAAAAAAUGGGUAUUCCACGGAUGUAUUUAAUUAGUUGUUCAUUGUUUAUAGGGCAAUUGCAUAGGCCUAGCCUACUUAAUAAAAAAGUCCACCAUUUGAACAACCUAGUUAUUUAUUUCUGUCCACAUUUUAUUUACAAAAAGUCCACCAUUUCUUUACAACAAGCAAAGGAAUGCUCUGCUGGGAGUUUUUCAAUGGCAAAGUGGCAGCCAGCCGGAGUGAACUUUGAACAACACUUUAUUUAUCCUGGCUGUUUCCCAUUCUCUUUAGCCUGUCAUUUUCCUAGAUAAACCCAACCCGGUAGCUGUUUAUUUGUGUUGGUGUUUUCCUCAAUUGUACAGGUACUAUAAUAGAUCAACCCUUACAUCUCAACUCAUGAUGGUAAUCAGAAAAUAUUUCUGAUCAAGCAAAUAUCCACGCAGAUCCUUUUCUCAUACUAAAUUACAAUGUUGGCUGUAAUAAAUAUAUUGUAAGAAUAGAAAUCAUAGCCAAUGGCAGGAUGUGUCAAACUUUCAACAUGAAAGCAAUUUUCCCAUUCCUAACAAUAGAAUAGACUAGAACCAAAUAGAAUAGAAUAGAGAAUUGCCUUUGAAUAUUGAUGUUAACAGGCAGGAUUAAUUAAUAUCAAGAUGGCUUUCUCAGUCAUGUUCUCAGGGCUAUUUUUAGAAGUGUGAUGAGUGCCUUUACCAAGCUGGAGAGGUCCUGCCAGACAAGCUGUGGUGAGAAAAGAGAAGUGAGAAAAAUUUAUCUUUGUCUUCACUGGACAGUGAAAAAUAUCCAUGUCUGGUACAUACUGAACACAUGCUCUUUCUUACUCAGAACUCAGGAAGUACUGCUGCAGUCAGUCAGUUAGAACAGCUGUAUUGUCAAUCAGGUAGUAGUCCAAAUGGACUAGUAGUUUCAGCCCUCAGUAAACAAUGGUUACUUAUCAGGAGAGGAUAAGGUGGUCACACUUAUCCCAGUGUCCUUGCUCAAUAAAUGGGUUCCUUCCAUAAAGACAACCAUUCACUUACCCUAUACUGUGGGAAUGCAUAGCCCAGUAGUGAACAAAGCAGACAGGUGGAAUUGGACUCAUAGAAAUGCAAUUGGUAUAAUUGUACCAUUCAUUUUCAUACCAUACAAAUCAAGGGGAAUGAUAUAUUCCUUUUUAUUGUGCAGUGUAUGUAGAGUCAGUGCUGCUGGUCCAACGUAAACAAUGUUUGGGUGAGUGCAGUUGGCUAUAAUGUCGCAUUCUGACUGUUGCCAUCAAGGUGAACUAGUAUUGGCAUAUUACCACUGGAACACAACUUUGUUGUGAUUAAACAACCUCAGCAGUAUGUUGUCAAAUCUAAGGGCCACUCCCUGUCCCUUCUUGGGUGUGAACAUAGCAUGGAUGGAGUCUCUGGAAUUAGUGGUGUCAUGCUGGACUGAUGGUGUUAUGGGAUUUGUUUGUCUUCAAAACCAAACCAGUGUGAACACUUUUCGUUGUAUAUUGUGUAAUAACAAAGUAAUUACUACCGUAUCAACAUUGUAUUAACAUUGCAUCAACAUUGUAUUAACAUUGUCACACAAUUUAUUAAUUGCUUUGAAAUUGUAUACCAUAGUAAUGGAGUUGAGCGUUUUUGUGUGAUUAUUAGUGUUACCCAAAUCAGUAGCUGUCAUUUAAAACGCAUGCUGCAUGAAUGAAAUAAACAACACUCAAAAGUGCACGUAUGAACAAAACAGUGCCAAAAUGAAUUCUAAUCGCUGUAGAUGACGACUCAACUGAUUUAAGCACUUUAAGUUCAGACCCAUACUUAUUCUAACUAACAGCAUUUGAUAGCCAUUGGUUGUUUAUUUUGAACUUGAUUCGGAAAGACACAAGACAGAUGUUCCCCAUCUGGAGAGUAUUAACACUGUCCGGUCUAUUUGUCAGCUACCAUCGGCCCUGUAAGCUGUCCACACCACACGGUUUGGAUUGGAUUUGCUCACUGACACUAACAUUUAAAGAGAUCCUUUGCAACAGUCACACAACGGUAACAGUUGGCUACUAAUACACCAAAAUUGUUAUCAAACAUGGACUUGAGAUCCAGAAAUGCACAUCACUGUGAGUGUCUCUGUGUGAGAAUACUUACAUUUUCUGACCACAAAAAACAUGGCUACUAUCCAUUCUCACACCACCGCUCUGUAGUUCUAUUAAAUGUUUGAAUGAUACUCUCUACAAUAUGUUUUAGUACACAUGGAAUAAAACUUGAUAGACUAGGACCCCAUUGUUUGUUAGAGGCAAGUUAGUGCAUGACUGCAGUGCCUGAGGCUUAGGUGUAGGCUGCCUGCCAUUUGACCCUGAAGUCAGAGAGAGAGAGUGAAUAAUUUAAGGUGUGAGCUCUGCAUGUGCAUGCAACAGAUGUGAACAUGUCAGUUAAUAACCUACCACCUAUAAUUAAUUACAUUAGACAUUUUAGUAAUUUAUCCAGAGCAACUUAAUGUGUGUUGAAAUACCAUACAGUUGUGAUACUGUAGAACAAAUGUUUGUUGCACAUUGCAAUGAAACCUAUCAGUGCAAUGAAACCACUUUAUCUUCCUGUGGACACUCCUUCAUUGUGCUGAAGGGCUGCAGUUGUUCUUGGGAGAAUGUGAUGUUACGUAAUAGAAAAAACAGUUGUUACAAUUUCUGUUUAUUGAAUGUACCUUUAUCAGUUUUCAAGAUAUUUCAAAAUGUAGGGCUAUGUGUAAAGAGUUAUUUGUGUCAAGUAUAGUCAAACCACGUGUGUACAACUGGAAAUGCAUUAUGCAAUUGCAUGUCAAGUGCUUUGCUAAAAAAAAUCCACUUUCCCAAAAAUCACUCCAAUAUCUCCGAACCUCUUAUCCUUCAAAUUCCAAAACACAUUUAAUUCUAGCUCCAUAAUAUACAGAUGUAGGAUCUUAAUUUGAGCCAUUUUGCUACAGCAGGAAAAUAAUUAUUCAACAACAGGAAAUGUGAAUUAUUAUGUGGAUUAUAAUUAAUGGACAUUUUUGUAGGGGUUGAUACAUGUUUAGUAAGGGAAAAUCAAGUCUGAAAUUUCAAAGUGGAAAUUACAAAUUUCAGAAGCCUUUUAAAAUCUCAAAUACACUACAAGUUUUACAUUUCCUGCAUUGCAGGAAAGUUCUCCUGCAACAGGGUGAUCAAAUUAAAACCCUACAUCUGUACUUACCAGCUCAAAAGUAUAUAGGGAUUUAACAAUCUUUCUAGAAAUAUGUUUAGAGUAUUGUCUAUAGAUACUAAACACUGUUUGUUGAUGUGUUUUCAGCUUGGGCCCAGGCUGUGGCAGCUCUUAUGAUCAUCGGCCUCAUCAUCCUCAUCAUCGCUUUCAUCAUCUCCUGUAUCGCCCUCUGCUGCACCCUCAACAUCAGCCUGCUGCCUGUCAUUGGGGCCCUGCUCUUCAUCACUGGUAAGAUACACAAAACGUUUCUGUUGUUCUUGGGGCAGUUUUCCGGAUUAAUCUUACUCCUGGACUGAAAAGCAAUCUCCAUUGAAAAUGCUUUUUAGUCCAGUAUUAGGCUUAAUCUGUGUCAGGGAAACCGCCCCCUUAUGUUUUCUACUUCAAGUGUCUGGGCUAAUGGAGGACAGGUUAGUUAUUGAAGACAAGAGUAGUGAAAUAUUAACAACUGCCUUGUCUUUGUGAAUUCGGCCUGCCUCAAAAUGUCUGGCUUCAAGCCUCAAACUACAAACACUCUCAUACUUUAUUGUGUUCUAUGCUCCUCCAUGUUCAGAUGGUGCUCAAGUAGGAUGCCAACCAUAGCUACUGUAGAGUUGGAGAGUCCUAAAGCUAGUCUUCCUCUGAUUUCAAAUCAAAUCAAAUCGUAUUGGUCACAUACACAUAUUUAGCAGAUGUUAUUGCAGGUGUAGUGAAAUGCUUGUGUUUCUAGCUCCAACAGUGCAGUAAUAUCUAACAAUUCACAACAAUACACACACAUCUAAAAUUUGAACCAUUGCCAAGGACAAGAGGGAGUGGGAGUUGUUUGUGUCCCUACUCUGCUCUGAGGUUCAGGGAAGAAGGGCUGUGGUAUGGCGUUGCCAUGGAACCUGGGAGAAUGUUCAACGUCUGGCUGAGUCACAGCACUGAUAGUGAGAUCAUAGGGCAUUGAGAAUGACCACUCCCCACCCUCACCACUCCCCCUGCCCCCCUUCUGCAGCUGUCACCCUAGUGUGAAACCUGAUAGCCCAGCCCUGCCUAUGCCUAGAGGGAAAGAGAGAGGCUACACAGUCAGUCAGAAUUACACUGAAACUUUCUGUCAGACAUAGCUGAAUCAUAGAGCUGUCUGAGUAUAAAGCUGAUGCAUAGUCCUAUUAUGGGAAUUAUUGUGUUUUGCUAGUGUUUAGAGUAUAGUAAAUAAUUAUUACUAUUUAGAACUAGUUCUGACUGGAUCAUUACUACCUGUGGACAUAAAAUAGUAACAGUAGUAUCAUCGCUAUGUGUGAUACUUUGUUUGAUCCCACUUUGUUUGUGAUUCGCCAUCCAUACAGUGAAAGUGUAAAAGAUGAGUCUCAGUUUCUCAACUUUACCUCACAGUACACUUUUUACCGAUUUCCUUGACUUAGUUACCCAGCUUCUAAUUUAAAUGACACAGAUCUGGUGGUUUUGUCUAAGCCCAUUAAGCUACAGUACCCACGUACAAAACUAUUUCACACACACACCUAAACGCUAGUUUUGGCAGGCUCUCACAAAUGUAUGUGUCACAGUUCCACAAAGUCAGCCUCCUCCCCUGUUCGGAAUGAUCCACCACUGACAAACCUCUCUGUUCUGUCUGUUCUUCACCACAGUGGUCAUUCAGUUCAUCGCCCUCAUCAUCUACCCAGUCAAGUUCAAUGACCUGAUCUUCGAGGGCCACUACGACUACACCUGGGCCUAUGGCUUCGGUUGGGGGGCCACCAUCCUCACCAUCGGCUGUGGGAUUCUCUUCUGCUGCCUGCCUCGCUACGAGGACGAGCUCACAGGCCUCGCCAAGACCAAAUACAUCUAUACCUCAGCUUAGAGGAACCACGGACACCCGCAGGCUACAUCUCAAUAGUCUGAAGUGGCUUCCCUUCUCCGCAUCUCCUUCCCUUCAUCUACACUGAUGAAAACACAGGAUAGGUGAAAGCAAAAUAGUGGACACCUGCCAGGUUCUUUCACAUCAGUGCAGAUGAAGGACAGGAGACAAGGAGACAAGGAGACAAGGAGAGGAAGCCCACUUUAGACUAUUGAGAUGCAGCCCCAGGACAGAAGCACCUCUGCCACCACAGAGGACAGAGGACACUGACACUUAGACAUAUCAUUGGACGUUAAUUUAGUCAUUUCCAACAACGCUGAAUGCCCUCUCCGUUGGAAGGAUCCCAUAGAUGUGUAUCUCUGUCUAACGCCCUAUUUCCGACCCUAUACUGACCCCCAUAUUGAUUUGAGUGGCCCACAUGUUACCAAGGGAGGCUGCCAAGUAUGGCUAUUCCAGAGGCUUUGUUUCUAUCACAUUGGAUGUUUUCCACGUUUUACGUUUGUGUAGAGUAGUUGAAGUGACCUAGAUGCAAUAUUGCAGAUUAUACAUAAAACAUUUACAUAAUCCUCCACAACCUUAUCCAGACCCUUGCUAUAAUUCUCCAUUGUAAAUUAGUUCAAUGCAAAAUCACAGAAGUGCACUUAAUAUCAAUGUUAAGGAGUCCAUCGUUUAGAGUUUAUGGAUUAUGUCAAGUGUUCUAACCAGCUGAGUGAGAGGGCGUAUGUCCUACACACAAUGCUAAUGUAUUUGACUGCAGGAUUGUUAUUUGGUCUCAUAUGGAUGUUUUAAGAUGUUGCUUUUGAUAGCUUUAUUCACUUUAAUUCUAAUUUGAAUUGUUGAGGCCAUUGAAUGGCUAAACUGAAUUAUUGUAAGUAUAGUAGAGAAAAUGGACUGCAGGGCUCUCCAACCCUGUUCCUGGAGAGAUACCAUCCUGUAGGUUUUCACUCCAACCCU